AUGAAGUCUGGGGCUUUCUUCAUCCUCUUCUUCUCUGCAGUCCAUGCUGGUCUGCUGAGAAAAAGACACACCUGCCCACAGGUGUGCGAUGCCUCUCAGUGCCCUUUACCUCCGCAGGCCUGUUAUUAUGGCCAGGUGAAGGACGCGUGUGGCUGCUGUGCGGUGUGUGCGGCCGGGGAGGGAGAAGCAUGUGGGACUGCUGGACGUCUCACCUGUGGAGAAGGACUGGUGUGUGACUCUGUACCGGGGAGGCUCGGUAGGCCCCACGGCUACUGCGUAUGCGCCACCUCCGGCCAGGUGUGCGGCAGUGACGGCAGGACUUACCCCAGCAUCUGUCGCCUGAGAGCCGAGAUCAAGAGAGCCGAGCUCGGUGAAAUCCCCCCGGUUAUUUUGAUCCAGAGAGGAGCAUGUGAUUCAGGAAUGCAACAUCCAGGAAGUAACCGCUACAAAUUUAACUUCAUUGCUGACGUGGUGGAUAAGAUCGUCCCAGCUGUGGUGCAUCUGGAGCUUUUCCAGAGGGAUCCGUUCUCUAGUGAGGAGGUCUCUGUGUCCAGUGGCUCUGGGUUUAUAGUGUCAGAGGAUGGAUGGAUUGUCACAAAUGCUCACGUACUCACCAACAAGCAGCGCAUAAAGGCAGAGCUGAAGAGCGGUCUGCAGUACGAUGCUUCAGUCAAGGAUGUGGACCAAAAGAUAGACAUUGCACUCAUCAAAAUUGAACCAGAUGGUCCACUGCCUGUGCUCCGGCUGGGCCAGUCCUCAGACCUGCGCCCCGGUGAGUUCGUGGUGGCUGUGGGAAGCCCUUUCUCUUUGCAGAACACCGUGACCACCGGCAUCAUCAGCACCGCCCAACGCCCCGGCCUUGAGCUGGGCUUUAAGGACUCGGACAUGGAUUACAUCCAAACUGAUGCUAUCAUUAAUUACGGAAACUCUGGUGGACCACUGGUAAACCUGGAUGGAGAUGUUAUUGGCAUAAAUACUCUGAAAGUGGCAGCAGGAAUUUCAUUUGCCAUCCCUGCAGACAGAAUACGACAGUUCCUCGCCGAGUCCUACGACAGAAAAGUCAGCGGUAAAGCAGCUCAAAAAAAGAAAUACAUUGGUGUCCGAAUGCUGCAGCUUUCAGCAACUUUGAUCCGAGAUCUCAAGGAACGUGUAAGUGAAUUUCCAGAUGUGAGCUUCGGCAUUUACGUCUAUGAAGUUUUACCUGGAACAGCUGCAUACAGCGCUGGCAUGCUGGAACAUGACGUCAUCAUUGGCAUCAACGGCCGGGCUGUCCACACCACACAGGAAGUCAGUGACGCCAUCCACAGUAGCACAGCAGUGUCAGUGCUGGUGAGACGAAGGGAAAAAGACAUUACACUUACGGUCAUUCCUGAAGAGAUCAGCUGA